AUGGGUUCUGGCGUGUCGAAACGGAAUCGGACAGCCACUUCUCAAGAUAAAGCGACAUCCACACUUAAGGAAUCAUCAUCAAACUCGAAUACUGGUCAACCACAUGUACAGAAGUCGCCACAAGCUCAGUUGAUGUUCAUUGAAGAUACGGACACAAAAGACGAAGUCAAUGUAACGCAAGCCAAACCAACGGAAUGGCAUUGGCACAUUCAAACGCGACAAAGAUAUCAGCGGAAUUAUCCGGAACCGGCGGAAAGUAUACAAACACUUUUCGGUUGGAUAAAAGCGUUGAAAAACUUUGUUGAUGAUCAAUUAAAUCAACUUAAAAAGUUCACGUACGCUAAUGUGAGUGAGAUUGUUGAUGGUUUAGCUAAUACGGGCCACGAAGCUUAUAAAUCUGGCGGAACGAAUCAGUUCAUAACAAUCGCAGAAUUCAUCGUCGAUGUCCAAGGUGUCGACGUUUUGCAAAGAUUGGCGCAUCAAUGCUUUAAGGAUUACUACGUGACGCCGGAAGAUGUCAGUUGUUUUCAUUGCCUAAAGAACGUUUUAGGAACAAUACAGUGGUUUCCAGACAUUCAUCACGGUUUUUGUUUGUCCUGUGCAACAGCUGGUGUUAUUCCAUUGUGCUUAAAGAACGUUAAAAUGUUUGACGAUCAAAAUGCGAAUUGGGAAAAUGGCAACGAAGAUUCCGCGGGUACAGUUCUCAUGAUUUACAGGUGCGUUGGAAUUUUGCAUAACAUUGCACGGCGACUAAGAGACCGCGAGUUUUUUGCCAACUGUGAGGAAACUUUGCUUUCCUUUGCAAAGGCUAAAGUGCCCAAGGUUGCUGUUGCUUCCUUGCUGUGCUUGGCCUAUCUAGUUAAUGAGGAAACAAAUCAUCUGAUUUUAGCUGAUGAAAAGUUGCUUAGUUUUAUUGUUACAAUGUUAAAUAACGCAUGCCGGUCGGAAGAUCGCCGAUACAGUGGAUUUUCUGCAAAAGAACUCGCAGAAGGCCUUAGUUAUCUUGCCGUGAACGACACCAACAAGAUGGUUUUGGGCAAUAACGGAGCGGUGCAUGCUUUAAUGUCCAUGUUAAAAACAUCUAGCGAUGACGAAGAACGAGCUAUUGCUGUAAAAGCACUGUGGAUGUUAGCAUUCGACAAUAACAACAAAGAAGCCAUUCGAAGAGAAGUGGGAGGGUUGAAGAUCCUACGUGAGUUACAGCGCAGUAAAGACCCGGAUGUACAAAAAGCUGCUGCAGGCACAUUAUGGGAACUCGAAGGAAAGACCAUGAACGGCUCUGAGAAGAGUGAAGUAACUCAGAAUCACGUGAUGAUCAGCUACCAAUGGGAUAACCAGGAAGUGUUGAUCGAAGUGAAAAACAGGCUUCAAGCGAGUGGAUACAGAGUGUGGAUGGAUCUGGAGCAGAUGGGAGGCUCCACACUGGAGGCAAUGGCCAAAGCUGUCGAGGAUUCUUCAGUUAUUCUGGUCUGUGUGUCAAAGAAAUACAAAGAAAGUCCUAACUGUAGAUCAGAAGCCGAAUAUGCUUAUCAGUUGAGAAAAGACAUCAUUCCUUUAAUGAUGCAGCAUAACUACAGACCUGAUGGCUGGCUAGGAAUGAUUGUUGGCACAAAACUUUGGAUCGACUUCCAGAGUAAGCACGUCAUUGAAGAGGGUUUAAGAAAGCUGACAAGAGAGUUACGAGGAAGGGGAAAGAAUGCUGAGGAGACAGAUGAAUCAGUAGAGCCUGUAGUUCGGCCAGUUGAUGCGAAUGUUGUUGCCACCCAACCCUCAGUCUCUGCCGUGUCCGAAUGGACAAAUAAAGAGGUGAAACAAUGGCUUGAAGAGAUUGCUUUGGAAAACGUUUGCAGGGAGGACAUUUCCGAGGUCAAUGGACAGACACUGAUUGACUUGCAACACCUUCGUGGGGAAUGUCCGGAGUAUUUCUAUAAAUGCUUAGAACAAAACCUGAACCUGAGAAACAUGGUUGAUGUAUUCAAGUUCAGAAAAGAACUACAAGAACUGAUAGGUGGAUAUUAA